GGAAGUGCAAACCAACAUGCCACGCUCCAAGCAAUCGUCGUCGGUGAUCCGCACCCUGUUGUGGGCGGUGGGCUUAGGUCUGGCUACCGUACUUGGCAAGCAGUUUGACUAUUCCUUCGACCCGCACGAGCUCGAGUGCCCCGGCAACGUGACCCACGAGAAGGUCAUGCUGACCGCGUACCGGCCCCAGUACGAUGGCGCCAGCAAGCGCGACUUCACGGACCUCAAGUUCAAGAAGUUGUACACGUUGCAGGACUUUUUGGACAACCGAGCGCCGUACGUGACGGUCGGGAUGGAUCCGCGGUUGAAGGUGCCCUACGGGACGGAGAUUUGCAUUCCCGAGCUGAACAUUCACUUCCGGCGGAACGUGAAGCUGCAGGUGCGCGAUACCCACGAGGAUCUGGCUGGGGGUGCAUACCGGAGGGUGGACAUUUGCGUCCGAACGCAGGCCGACAGCUUCGAUGACGUUGUGAAUUUGCUCGAGGCGACGUUGGUGAUGUAGGACAAAAUUGUGGUAAUAAUAAAAUGUUCAG